GCAGAGUAGCAGAAGCGAGUCUCUCUUUGCUUCCGGCCUCGCGUGCCCUUUCAUCCCGACGCUAGGCUAGCUUUCUGCAGGAGCAGGGGGGAGGCCGGACGUAGUACGGGGGCUGAACGCAAUGGCGGCCGAGACCGAGGAGACGGCGCUGGAGUUCACGCCGACGUGGAUCGUCGCGGGGGUUUGCUCGCUCAUCGUGCUCCUCUCGCUCCUGGCCGAGCGAGGCCUCCACUACCUCGGCAAGACGUUCAAGAAGAAGAACCAGAAGCCGCUCUUCGAGGCGCUGCUCAAGGUCAAAGAAGAGCUGAUGCUUCUGGGGUUCAUCUCCCUGCUGCUGACGGUGUUCCAGGGGAUGAUCCAGAAGACAUGCAUCCCCGAAGACUGGACGUUCGACAUGCUGCCGUGCAAGAAGCCGGACGAGGCCGCCGCCAUCGCCAAGGCGAGUUUCGUCGAUGUCGGGACUACCCUUGGCAGGAUUGGUAGGCGGUUGCUGGCCGAAGAAGUUGAUGGGGCUGAGCACUGCCAUUCCAAGGGAAAAGUUCCACUUCUGUCCCUGGAGGCCACGCACCAGCUGCACAUUUUCAUAUUCGUCAUGGCGAUCACGCAUGUCAUUUUCAGCGUCACAACUAUGCUUCUAGGAAGUGCACAGAUCCGCCAAUGGAAACAGUGGGAGGACGAAAUCCAGAAAGAUGCUUCUGAAAAUGGGCCUAAGAAAGCAACGCGUGACGAGUUUAUGGAAAACCGUGUUAAGGGUAUUGGUAAAGAUUCUGUAAUAGUGAGUUGGCUGCAUUCUUUCGGUAAACAGUUCUACAGAUCAGUAUCCAGAUCAGAUUACACCACAAUGCGUCUUGGCUUUAUCAAGACUCACUGCCCUUCAAACCCAAAAUUCGAUUUCCAUGGAUACAUGGUAAGGGUUUUGGAGGCUGAUUUUAGGAGAGUGGUAGGCAUCAGCUGGUACCUGUGGAUCUUCGUGGUGAUAUUCCUGUUGCUGAAUGUUAACGGCUGGCACAUAUACUUUUGGAUCUCCUUCCUUCCCCUUCUCCUUCUGUUAGCCGUUGGCACUAAGCUGGAGCACGUCAUAGCUCAGCUAGGCCACGACGUGGCUAAGAAGCACGCGGCGAUCGACGGCGACGUGAUCGUGAAGCCAUCGGACAGCCAUUUCUGGUUCGGCAAGCCUAGGAUCAUCCUCUACCUGAUCCACUUCAUCCUCUUCCAGAACUCGUUCGAGAUCGCCUUCUUCUUCUGGAUACUGACGACGUACGGGUUCGACGCGUGCAUGAUGGAACAUCUUCGUUUUAUCAUUCCAAGGCUUGUCAUGGGGGUUGUCAUCCAGCUUCUCUGCAGCUACAUCACCCUGCCCCUGUACGCAAUUGUGACCCAGAUGGGGAGCUGCUACAAGAAGGAGAUCUUCAACGACCAUGUGCAGAAGGGCGUCCUGGUCUGGGCGCAGAAGGUCAAGAUGAGGAAGGGGUUGAAGGGGGCUCUUAGCAAGAGUGACUCGGCGAAGAACAACAAUGCCGAUCCAGCAGGACCUUCUGUUAAGAUUGAGAUGGCCAAGGCUGGGGAGGAUGCUAAGGUCGUCGGAAACACGGAAUGAGAGAUCAGGUGAUUGCGGCGGAUUGGACAGUGUGCCCGACCUGUAGUUGAAGAACAAUGCCAUCGUUUUUACUGUCACAGCAGCCGAGGAGCGUUGCAGUUUAUUGUCAGAUUUUUUUUCCCUGUAUUGUUCGAGUCUAUUGUGUAAUAUGCUUAAUAAUAAUUUCCAGAAUAAAGCGCAAAGGUUCAUUCA